CGACAGGCAGAGGAUGUGGUGACUGUGGCCUCCAAGUUCAAGCAGCUCUACGAGUGUCACCUCCCCCCGCCCGCAAACCCUGACCCCGAGGAGGAGUCUCGGCUCUACAACGGCUCCGGUGUCACCGAGCUCCUGCGCCCCAUGGCGGCUGCCCCCUGCCUCGUCAAGGCAGAGGAUGUGGUGACUGUGGCCUCCAAGUUCAAGCAGCUCUACGAGUGUCACCUCCCCCCGCCCGCCACCCCUGACCCCGAGGAGGAGUCUCGGCUCUACAACGGCUCCGGUGUCACCGAGCUCCUGCGCCCCAUGGCGGCUGCCCCCUGCCUCGUCAAGACAAAGGAUUGGUGGACCUACGAGUUCUGCUAUGGGAGACACAUCCAGCAGUACCACAUGGAGGAGUCAGAGAUCAAAGGAGACAUCCUCUUUCUCGGCUACUACCAGUCAGCCUUGGACUGGGACAAGGAAAUGGCCGAGGCCUCCAAGCAGCACCGGCUGAGGCGCUACCACAGCCAGACCUACGUCAACGGCUCCCGCUGCGACCUGACCGGGCGCGCCCGCGAGGCCGAAGUGCGGGCAGAGGAGCUGUCCCCAAAGGCAGUAGGUGGCCAGGUGGCUGGUGAGUCCCCUCCCAGCAGGGUGUGGCUGGGGGUGGUGGCCGCUGUGUCACUCCCCUUCCCCCCCAGUGCUGUCACCAUCCCCAUCCCUUCCCCCAUGUCCCUUUUGGUGACAGAUCCGCGGAAAAAAAUCCACUUCAAAGUCAUCAGGAGCCCUGGUGACCUUCUGCAGUUCAUCGAGGAGCUGAGGGAGAGCACCAAGAAGCCCCCAGUGGGUGAGGGAGAGCGGCAGGGGGGGGAAGAGGAGGAGGAGGAGGAGGAUGAGGAUGUGGUGGGAGGCUUUGAGAAGGAGCUGGAGUCAGUUCUGCUGCCCCGGGAGCAGAUGGCCCAGUUGAAGGAUGAGGUGAAGAGCGAAAUGGAGAAGGAGUUUGACAACAUCAUCAACGAGGUGGAGGACGAGCUGGAGACAGAGGGGCUGAAGGGCGAGGUUGACCGGACGCAGGCACCCAAACCUAUAGCCAGAGUCCCCUGCCCGUGUCAGAGUCCGGGGGUGCCCAUCAUGCUCCCGCCCUCCGGCCCCACGGUCCCCACACGUGUAACCGUGACCGCCCCCCACGGUCCCUACUCCCCCCGAGGCCGCCACUCCCGCCCAGGGCAAAGUACCUUGCCCCCCGGGGACUCUGAGGACCCCGACUUCUGA